CAGGCCGGAAGGAGAGGCAGGGCGUCGCCAUGACAGGACGAGCCUAAAGGGAAUUGGCCUGCGAGUCCGUUCUGUGACCGGAAACUAAAAGGCAAAGAGGGCUGGACAGGGCGCCGCCAUGACAGCCUGACGCCGGAAAAGGCGGGUCGCUCUUCCCUGACUGAUCCCGCGCCGGCACCGUUCUCGAAAUGCAGGCAGCCCUGGAGAUCACUGCUCGCUACUGUGGCCGGGAGCUGGAGCAAUAUGGCCAGUGUGUGGCAGCCAAGCCUGAGUCUUGGCAGCGAGACUGUCACCACCUUAAGAUGAGCAUUGCUCGAUGCACAUCCUCCCACCCAAUCAUCCGCCAGAUCCGCCAGGCUUGUGCUGAGCCUUUUGAGGCCUUUGAGGAAUGUCUUCGACAGAAUGAAGCUGCUGUGGGCAACUGUGCAGAUCAUGUGCGCCGCUUCCUGCAGUGUGCUGAGCAGGUGCAACUGCCAAUGUCACCCAGGACUGUGGAGGCACAGCCUCUUCCUGCUUCCUGAGGAUGCUUGACUAUAGAAAAACUGGACAUGAAGGACUGGCCACUUGGUGUCCCCACUGCCACAGAUGGCCACAUGGAGUUCUAUGGGCCUGGCUUCCCUGGACAUCAGGACCCCAAUAAAUAAAGACGCUGUGUAUUGGG